AUGACCGGCGAAGAUUCAGACGUGCUGCUAGUGCUUGCGGAUGCCUUCAGAAGGCAAAGCGACGGGCUGCGAGCGGCGCGACGGAAGGUGUUUCGACUCUUAGUAGAGGAAACUUGGAGAGUGGCGAUGCGCAGCCGCCAUUACCUGACCAUACAGUGCUUGGACACGCCAAACGAGUCGGCGUGGAUGAUUCUCUACAAGUAUGGCACCGAUAUCAACUUCCUCAACGCGACCAGCUUGACCAGGAUCGCGUUCGGGAAUCUACUUCGUCGGUUUGUCGGUGUCUACUACAUCCCCCGAUUCCAACCGAGAGGCUGA